AUGAAGAGAUUUCUUAAGUGUGGUGAUGAUACUUCUUCCGUUGGAAAUACAACUAAAAAAUCAAAAACACAGCCAAAUCGUAAGUACGAUUUAAAUUAUUUAAAAUUUGGCUUCGUGGUUAUACCGGAAACAGAAAAUAGUGAAAACCCUAUUCCCCUAUGCAUUAUUUGUAAAGAGACACUUUCAAACCAAAGUAUGAAACCUUCGCUACUAAAACGUCACCAAAAAACCAAACACCCUGAAACGGAAAAUAAACCAAUUGAGUUUUUUAAAAAAAAAACUGAAUUUUUUAAAAAAGAAUCCAAUUGUAUGACGCAUUUCACUAAUUCUGACAGCAAAUAUUUAAAAGCAUCAUAUUUAGCUAGCCUUAGGAUUGUUAAAGAUGGAAAGCUUCGUACAGUUGGUGAAACGCUGAUAUUACCUGCAGCUAAAGAUAUGGUGCAAACGGUUUUAGGAGAAAAGGCUGCUAAAGAGUUGGAUAAAAUUCCAUUAUCAAACAAUUCUAUUAAAAGAAGAAUUGAUACUAUGGCUUCAAAUAUUGAAGAAAUAUUAGGUACUCAGCUAAAAAUGUGUUCGAUUUUUUCCCUCCAAGUAGAUGAGAGUACAGAUAUAACAAAUAUGGCACAGCUACUUGUUUUCAUCCGGUAUGAUUUUGACAAUGUAUUAAAUGAGGAGUAUUUAUUUUGUAAAUCACUUAAAUCGAAUACGAAUGCUGAAAAUAUUUUUAAAAUAAUCGACAGUUACUUGUCAACUAUAAAUUUGCCUUGGAAAAAAUGUGUUGGUAUUUGUACAGACGGAGCCCAAGCUAUGUGUGGAAAAUUGACAGGCCUAGCAUCGAGAAUACAGAAAGUUGCGCCAUAUUGUAAAAGCACACAUUGUGCGAUACAUGAGAAGCUUUGGCUUCCAAAAAUAUGCCCGAUCAACUAUCCUCUGUUUUGA